UCCGAUGAAGAACACAAUUAAAGUAAGCAAACUGCGCGAGUUCUUAGCAGAAAUGAAGUUUGCGUUCGUUUCGCUGUUCCUUUUGCUAUGUUCAGCGAUGGGCGUUUCAGCUGAACUUGAAAACUGUGUGGAUUUGCAAAAACAAGCAAACGGUGGUCUGAGAAGUGGGCUGUACUCGAUCAAAAGCGGAGGAAAUACCGUUUACAUUUACUGUUACUAUGGCAACGGGGAUGGAUACGUUUACCUUUUACCAUCAAUUUCGAACAACGUGAACCUGAAUUUGGCGUAUCUGUCGAACGAUCACAGCCUCGUGAAGGUCAUUCACAAGCGUCGUCAGAAUGGCAAACAGUACGAGGCGACAAUGCAACAAAUUCCCGCUUUCAAUUCGUUACCAGUCUCCGUUCAGUUCAACAAACAUGACGGCUAUCAAGGCAUACUAAACAAAGCAAUGGGGCCUUACAUGUUUAUAGGCUUCGUUCCCCUCUCUCACAACGUGAAGGGCGGCGUACAGGGCUGGAAGGUCAACGGGCAGGAGUUUACAUUCACGAACUGCGACGGCAAUCCAAAUAGCUAUUUCUCGGUGCUCUUCAAUGCUAACAAGCCUGGGUAUACGUCGUAUAAUGGUUGGAAGAACCCAUUGAUGUACGCUUGGUAUAAUUUGGCUACUCAGGUUCCGGUAAGUGAGGAACUUCCGGACGCCUUGUUUUCGCCGGACUAUGAGAUACACCACGGAGGAUGUGGAGGUUACAGCAUUGGAACAACGGAAGGCGAUAUUACAGGAGUCGCGAUUGGUCAGAGAUUUGUUAUCACCUGCUCUGUGCCUGAUGACGUCAUGAACGCAUCAAAGACGUUAGGCGGCUUAAAACCGGGUUCCAUAGUAAUCUACAGCUGUAACCCUGGUUACAAGGGCUCGGGAGAUCUCGUGCGCAUGUGCACAUCCACCGGUGGCUGGUCGGGCGUACAGCCAACGUGCAUCAGUGAAGCGGUAUUUGGUCCUGGGCAGCUUAUCGGAAUAUGGACUGCGUUUAAAUGAAUCCAAAUAUGAAAGCAAUUGCGUUGUUAUUAUCCUCCAGUAUCAGAACUGUCAAUUUGGAUUGUGCUCUAAAACUAAAACUUUGCUCUGUUAUUACAUGGUGAUUGCAUUCGCGUGUUCAGACAGUUUUGCUACAUACUAAAUAAAUUACUUUGUUUGAUCGAUUGCACUUGUGUGUGUAAAAGGACAUUUAACAUAGGAUAAAUCUAUUAAUUUCGAACAUUGUAUUAUGUG